UAUGGAACAGUUCAACCCACGGCUACGAAAUUUAAUAAACCUGGGAAAAAAUUAUGAAAAAGCUGUUAAUGCUAUGAUCCUGGCAGGAAAAGCCUACUACGACGAAGUGGUCAAGAUUGGGGAGCUGGCCACCAGAUCCCCCGUGUCAACAGAACUGGGCCAUGUUCUCAUAGAGAUUUCAAGUACCCACAAGAAACUCGACGAGAGUCUUAAAGAAAACUUCAAAACAUUCCAUAAAGAGAUUAUCCAUGAGCUGGAGAAGAAGACCGAACUUGACGUCAAAUACAUGAACGCUACUCUUAAAAGAUACCAAACAGAACAUAAGAAUAAAUUAGAUUCUUUGGAGAAAUCUCAAGCUGAAUUGAAGAAAAUCAGAAGGAAAAGUCAAGGAGGACGAAAUGCACUUAAAUAUGAACACAAAGAAUUUGAGUAUGUGGAAACUGUUACUUCUCGCCAGAGUGAAAUCCAGAAAUUCAUCGCAGAUGGUUGCAGAGAAGCUCUACUUGAAGAAAAAAGGCGCUUCUGCUUUCUGGUUGACAAACACUGUAGCUUUGCAAAUCACAUCCAUUACUAUCACGUACAGUCUGCAGAAUUACUUAAUUCCAAACUGCCUAGAUGGCAGGAAACCUGUAGAGAUGCCACCAAAGUCCCAGAGGAAAUCAUCAACAUGAUAGAAGAAAUAAAGACCCCUGUCUCUACCCCAAAAUCUGGAACGCCUCAUCCUUCACCAAUGAUCGAGAGAAGCAACAUGGUGCCCCCAGCUCCUUCAGCCAGAGCAAAUACCAGCCCUUUGAUUGAUAUGUUUAAUAACCCAGCAACAGUUGCACAGAACUCAGAUGAUCCCAGUUUACAGCGAUCGGUUUCUGUUGCUACUGGACUGAACAUGAUGAAAAAGCAGAAGGUAAAAACCAUCUUUCCACAUACGGCCGGCACCAACCAGACCUUAUUGAGCUUCGCACAGGGAGACGUCAUCACACUGCUCAUCUCGGAGGAGAAAGACGGCUGGCUCUACGGAGAACAUGACGCCUCCAAAGUGAGGGGUUGGUUCCCAUCGUCAUACACAAAGUUGCUGGAAGAAAAUGCAAAGGAGGCGGUGAACGUGCCCUCCCCAAGCCCGGCACCAGUGAGGAGCAUGAGCACGGUGGACUUGACCGAGAAGGCCUGUGCUGCCAUCGCCCUCCCCCCGCCCGACUACUCGGAAUGCCUGGCCAGGGGCACGGACGUGUCCAAACCUCCUUCUACCUUUAAAGCACCCGCGUCCAAGCCGGAAACCGCGUCUCCCAAUAACACGAAUGGGACGGCAAAGCCUCCUUUCCUCAGUGGAGAAAACCCUUUUGCUACUGUGAAACUCCGACCAACGGUGACAAACGACCGAUCGGCACCCAUCAUUCGAUGAAAAGACAGCCACGGGGCUCUGGCUCUUCUGUGUUAAGUUCUCACUCGCGAAACAGUGGGUAGAGUUUGGUGUGGGCUGUAGCUGUCGUGCCGCUUCACCAGAGCACACCUGAUUUAAAAUGUCUUCUACUUGAGCAAAUCAAUGCAUUUUCUCAAUUUCACAUAGUUGGGGUUUGCACAUUGUCUUUAAGAUAAAUUAAUUUAGUGACCAAGUCAAUCAUUUAAAAUUUUUCUCAAAAAAUAGUAAAUUUGGUUCCAAUCCUUACUGUAUCACUUUUUAAGUAGUCUGAUUAUGUUUUAAGUAGCCAGGAUAAGGGACAGUCAAUGCUUUCACAACUGGCUUUCUGUACCUGAAUGAGAAUGAGAUCAGUUUUGUUUUAUAAAGCACCUGCUCUGAAGUAGCAUUAUGACGUUUAUGCUAAAGGAACAUUGUGUAAGUUUACAUCUUAGCAUGCAAAUUAUUUUAAGCAAUAUAAAUUAUGGAAAUAUAUAAAAUUUAAUUUUUUAACUUAAAAUUUUUGUUUAAUCAAAUGCAGAGCUACCCAGAUGGACAAAUCCUAAACUUUCUCAUGAUUUAGACAUAGCUGUAGAGCACCGAUAAACUGUGCCUAUCCCUAUCACAGCCAUGACAUUUAGUACUUGAAUCAACUUUCCAGAGUUACUGAAUUUGGUAAUUCUGAGUUACCAACUGAAUUGACCAAUGAAAACCCGCCAGGCCAAAGCAGUACACGGGUCUGGCUCACACGUGCAUCUCGGGAUUCCACGUGCAGAAACCGGGGUGCUCUCGCUAAGCUUCCACCAUCACUAAAUUUACAUCUCUUGGGGUCCAAAUUUCUCCACUUUUCAACCAGGUACUGACUCGUGAACAGACCGAUAAAGCCAGGAGGACCCUGUGAGCCUGGGUCUGGUGACUGGGAGGGUCUGCAUCUUAGCUGAGACCUGGCCUCCGUGGGAGGAGACUCUGAGCAAGUGGCCAAACGCCUCUGGCUACCAGGGAUUUAGGCCCCAUUUCAGAGGAGUGGAGAAUUGUGAUUAAAAUUCACAGCCAGGCCAGGCACUGUGAUGUAGGCAGGGAAGGGGGCUUGUUGCUGAUCAUAGCAUUUGCUCCUUCAGUCUCCCCAUAAAUACUAUUUUUCCUAAAAAAGCUUGAAAUUGAUCAAGGUCAAAUGCAGGUAUAACCAGUGUAAGUGUAUGAUGUUUCAGGUUCAUAGUCUUAUCCUCUUCCUGGCUGGGUCGGCUAAAGACUAUGUGAGGGCUCCCCCAGGACCGACUCAGGCAAAGUGCAGUUGUCAAGCAGCACACCUGUCUUGAGAAAAGACCCUCCAGUCAGCGAAGAAACCACAAUCAAAUUCAGUUAAACUUAGGGAAGAGCAGGCUUCACAGAAGCCCAUUAUUUUCAACAGGGGGAGAGAGAACACGGUAUAAGUUUUAGAAGCGAGAGGGGUGGGGGAGUGUCACACCCUGGCCCCCCAACCUCUAGAUCCCCACCCACUCUGGGGCCUUCCAGCUUUGUUACAGGGUCACACUGGGCCUGGACUCUUGGAUCAAUUUGUAGACCCACCUGACUCCCCCAGCCCCAGGCUACACCUAACAGAAUGUAUUACAGUGGUCACUUACCUGCCUCACAGGAUGGGGAGGCUUGCCUUGUCCUUGGCACCGAGGUGCAUGUUCUGUAAAUGUCAAGGUAUUGUUUCAUUAUAAUAAUAAAAGAACUCGAAAACAU